AUGGCCAUGCAAGAUAUUGGUGUUUCGAUUGUGGGGAAAAUCGCGGAGAAGUUUAUUGAUCCAAUUAUGCGUCAAUUUCAGUAUUUGUUUUGCUAUAGAAGCAACGUUGAAACCCUGAGGAAUGGCAUCAAAAAACUCAAGCUAACUAAAAUUGAGGUGCAACGAUUGGCGGCUGAUGGUCUAGAGAAAGAGGCAGAUACUAUUUUUGAGGGUAUGGAGAAUGUUAAGGUGAAUUGCUUGAAAAUUGUUACGCUUCCGAAUUUGAAGUCACGUUAUUUGAUAGGCCGCCAUGCUGCCAAAAGAGGAAAUGAUGCUGAAAAACAUCUCAGAGAGCGGCGGUUUGAUGAAGUUGGAUACCUUCCUCCACUAGGGAAAAUGCCUUUUAGUGAAUCAACCCCAUCCUUUGAGGAAAGUCUAAUUACAAGGAUGUCAAUGAAAAGGGAAGUGAUUGAAGCUCUAAAGCAGGAUAAAAGAAGUCUACUCGCAAUUUGUGGUAUGGCCGGCGUAGGCAAAACUUUUUUUCUGGAGCAAAUUGCCGACCAGGUUAAGUCUGAGAAACUGUUUGAUGGCGUAGCCUUUGCAACUGUUUCUCAAAAUCCAGACAUGAGAGAUGUCCAAAAUCAACUUGCUGAGCAGUUAAGGAUAAAAUUAAAUCCUGAGCACAGUGGUCGUGCAAGAGCUGAGCAGAUUUAUACUAGACUAAUCAAUAGUGACAAGAGAAAUCUUGUUGUGCUGGAUGACAUUUGGGAAGAAGUGGAUCUUAGGAGUCUAGGAAUUCCCAUUAGAUCAGGUGAGUGCAAGAGCUUAACAGUUGUAUUAACAUCUCGGUUCUCUCAUGUGUGUAGGAACAUGGAAGCUGAAAUUUUUGAGGUGAAUGCCUUGCCUAAGGAAGAAGCAUGGCAUCUUUUUAAAGAGGUUGCGGGAAUUUCCGAUGAUUCAGCUUUGAGUGACGUUGCAAAACAAGUUGCAGAAGAAUGCAAAGGAUUACCUCUAGCAAUCGUUGUUGUUGCCAGGGCAUUUAGGACUAAUUAUACAACACCAGAAUCCUGGAAACUCGCCCUUGGACAGCUAAAGAAGUACACAAUGAGAGACCUAGAAAGAGUUCAAGAUUUGGUGUUUUCCAGAAUCGAAUGGAGCUAUGAUCGUUUGAAAAGUGUUGAAGCCAAGUCACUGCUACUGUUUUGCAGCUUGUUUCCAGAGGAUUAUAGCAUUCCAGUCGAAUGUUUGGUUAGGUAUGGGAAAGGGCUGGAAAUGUUCCAAGAUAGAGAGACUUUGGGAGAUAUGAGAUACAGAGUUGACCAGAGUAUCAGUGACCUUAAAGGUUGCUAUUUGUUGCUAACUGAUAGUGGAAAAGAAGACCAUGUAAAAUUGCAUGACGUCGUGCGAGAUGUUUGCUUGAAAAUUGCAUCAGAAGGUGAGCAUGUAUUUUUGGUAAGGAAUGUUGGAGGAGAAGAAAGGCACCCGAAACCUGAUUCAUUUGGUCGUUAUACAGCUGUUUCGCUGACAUGGAAGGGCAAUUCUAAUGGACCAUUUCCAUUGGGAGAGGAAUGUCCAAAGCUUAGGCUGCUGCGUUUGGUCUUCCAGUCAGGCAAAAUGAUCAGCCUAUCACAAGAUUCUUUUGCAGGGAUGGAAGAUCUCAGGGUCAUGGAGUUUAACAAAUUACAGAUUAAAUUUUCACCAUCAGAUCCUGGCCAAAUGUUGAUGAGCCUUCGGACAUUGUGCCUGGAUUAUUACUUCAGGAUAAUCAGUUUCCAACCGAAAUUGCUCAUCUGA